GCUUUAGAUCAUCUAAGGUACCAUCGACCUGGUCCACAUAUACUCUAAUGUAUUUCGUAGUCUGUGGAAGUUAUUGAUAAUUACUCUAUGGUUGUACUUGAUUGGCCGAUUUAAAUAGAAUCAGAAAUUCACCGGUACGAGUAGGUAUGAAAAUAUAAAGUUCACGGCGGCAAGUUGUAUCUAAGAAUACAUAUCCUAUUGCGAACUGCAUGCUGUAUCGCAUCAUGUAUCAGGCUGCAUCGGCUGCAUCAUGGAGUUGUUCGAUCAGUUGCAACGACCCCUACUAUUUUAGUGUAUUUUUAGAAAUAUCGUAUAGAAAAUACUUUGUCACGGACGCACAGUUAUUGUAUUUUGACAAGAUAUUGACGACAGUUCGUUACGAUAAUGAGCAAGGGUUGUUGGAAGUUUGACGACCAGGACAGAGCGCUGUACAUAGACCUCGAAGAUGAAGAAACGGAGGAGGAUAAAGAAAAGAAAGUAUACAGCUACUGGGAUCAAACUCCAGAUAUACUUCUUGAGGAAAUUUUCUCCUAUCUGACUAUUCGCGAACGGUAUUAUGCAUCGUUGGUGUGCAGGUCGUGGUAUCGUGCCUUUAAAUUGCAAAGUGUUUGGGCCACUUUUACAUUGGAAGAUACUACGCUUACACGGGGUAAAUUUAAUUACUAUAGCGGCUGGCAAUAUGUCUUGGAUCAUAUGAGAACCUCUACAUGUUUAAAUAAAGUUGGACGAAAUUUUCGAACACUGGUUUUUGAACCCAUGUUAAAUUUUUAUAAUCUUUACGAAUUCAUGAAUAUGAUAUCUUGGUAUACCGAAAGACAAGGAUCGGAUAAUACAUCAGUGGCAGGAGUUGGUACACAUGUUAGACGACUGAAGUUUACAUUUCCUUGUAAUAUGGCAAACAGAGAUGAUCCUGAUCGCAUCAGGCUCUUUGGGACUGGUGGAAAAUUACUAGAGGCAUUAAAAAGACUUAUGCGCAAUUUGUGUAACAUACGGUGUUUGGAAUUAAUAGAUCUUAUGUUGGAUAGUAAAGAAGCUCUACAUUUAAUGGAUGAUAUUUGUGCAAAUUGUACACAAACAUUAUCGAAAUUAGUACUGAUCAAUACCACAAGGUAUUAUUGCCCCCUUCUUCAUGUGGGUGUGUUUCUAAAUUUGAAUGUGUUGAUCAUUAGUCCUCAAAAUCUUCACGAGGAUGUAAUAGACUUAAUUGGCUAUACUAAAUUGGAACACCUUCAUAUUGUUCAAAACAGAUAUAGCCCAAAGGAUACUACAAUGAGAUUGCCUAAAAGAGCAUGUUGGAUAAAGAUGAAAAAGAAUAAUCCAUAUCUUAAAGUUCAUUUUGAAGUGGAAAGUUAUAAACCCACCGAUAUACUUCUGCCCAUUGAUUUAUUGGAACAUGGAGGUAUUCCGUGUCAUAGUAUUGUUCUGGACAAUCCAAAUACACAGAUUUCAUCCACCACUGUAUUAACUCAUGGGACAUUUUUCGAAACAACGAUAAAAGUAUAUGCAUUCAAGGGGCUGACAAGAUAUUUUCUACAUAGGAACUUUGCACAGAGAUUGGACGAAGCAUUGGUGCAAUUUUGCAGAAUGUGUCCAAAUCUUCACACACUGAUGAUUCGAGAUAAGAUCUCAACGGCCACGAUUCUGGAAAUCGUUUCCACUGCGAAGGCCUUACGUUGCUUCUAUGUUCGACGAAAUGCAGUGUUGAAAAGAUGCGACAGGGAUUGGUUAAAAAUAACAAAUUGGUCCCCAGAGCAUUACGAAUGGAUUAAAACAAAUAGUCGCAGUUACGAAUUCACAGAGAGAGAGGUGUCGAAAAUAUUGAACUACAGAUGGCACAUGCUAUCUGAAAAGGAAUUUAAAAAUCAAACAUUAAAGUUACAUUUGUAACAGCUACGCGUGAUUGCAGAUCCUCUCUUUAAGAUAAACUUGAUCAGCAUUCAAAGUCUUUCUUUCUUUCUUUAAAUAAACAAUUGUGUGCCUUUAUACAGUAUAUGUAUAUAAAUGAAAUUGUGUGCAUAGUUAUUGGAUAUAAUCAGUGCAAUAACGUACACUUAUUUGACCCAGCUGUGAUGUAAAUAUAAGUAUUUAAGAAACGAAUUAUUUACAAGUUCAUGUGGAUUGUUAUAUAAUAAAAAUACAAGAAAUGCAAGUAUUUCACUGUAUGUUUAUUAUGUAAUAAAAUGAAGAAUCCUAUGCUAUACCGUAACUUAUGUAAUUAUGUACAAUGCCAUUAUAGAUUUUGUAAUGAAACAACACAUUCAGACAAUUACAUUUAAUUACUAAAUUGAA